ACUGAGAAGGAUCUGAGCCGCUUGCUGCUAGCUGGGACAGAAGUUCCCAUGGCCUUCCCUUUGGAGGUUAGCACUCUGGAGGACAAGUGGGACUUGUUUUUUUCUGCAAUUCAGUGGAUUCAGUUUGUCAUGGCUAUUCUGAGUGUUACAGGUUCAAGUUCACUUAUUACCUAUGCCAUAUUCCAGAAUAUUCAGAAAUCUUCAGAGAUAAGGCCACUCUUUUAUCUGAGCUGCUCUGACCUGCUCCUGGGAAUUUGCUGGCUCACGGAGGCACUUCUUUAUGGAACUUCAACAGUCUAUAAGGACAUUGUCUGCUAUAACCUGCAAGCACUUGGACAGAUAUUCUACAUUUCCUCAUUUUUCUACACCAUCAGUUAUAUUUGGUAUCUGUACACAGAGCUGAGGAUGAAAUACAACCAGAGUGGACAGAACACAUCUCCACUGGUGGUGGAUUAUACUUGUCAAGUUGGCCAGAUGGCCUUCAUUUUAUCAAGCCUGGUACCUCUACUAUUGAUGAUACCUGUUUUCUGUCUGGGCAAUGCUAGUGAAUGUUUCCAUAACUUCAGCCAGAGUCACAGGUGUAUCCUGAUGCACUCACCACCAUCAGCCAUGGCAGAACUCUUGCCUUCUGCCAACAUGUCUGUCUGCAGCACACUUUAUUUUUAUGGUAUCACCAUUUUCCUGGCCAGCUUUUUACUCAGCCUCUUCACCAUUAUGGUCUUACUCAUCCAAGCCCAAAUACUGUAUAAGAAAUUUGUGAAAUCAACUGGCUUUCUGGGAAGUGAACAGUGGGCAGUGAUUCACAUUGUGGAGCAGCGAGUACGCCUCUAUCCAGUGGCCUUCCUAUGUUGCUGGGGUCCAGCUAUCAUCCUGAUGAUCAUAAAGCUCACCAAGCCACAGGACACCAAGCUGCAUAUGACCUUCUAUAUUCUCCAGGAUGGGCCCAUCACCCCUUCAUCUCCUCCAGGCUCUAACAGCAACAUCCCAGGGUCUGCUCAACUGUGGAGUAUAUGGCUGGACACAGCACAAAUUCCACCAACUAAAGCAAGAGGCUCGGCGAGAUGCACAUACGCAAACACCAUUGUUAUGCUCACAGAAGAGAGCCUAUAGCAGAGGCCUAGAGCCAUUGGAUUCUACUGUUGCUUUUGCUACCAGCUCUUCCACCAUCCUUUGAAACUAUAAUACUGGAACAUUCAGGAACUUGAGUUAUUUCACACUAAUGGACUGAGAAGAAUGUUGUGGGAGGGCACAUUAUACAUCUUUUCUGAGCAUACUAUAGACUUCAGAACUGAAAUGAAUGUAGUGCUAGAGUUAGAAGCUAUUCUAAGUGAAUUGAGAAAGAUCUUUCCAGUUAUACUCUGUUCAUAGAGAUAAAGAUACUUUCUAUCUCAGAGUUAGACUCACACUACUAUGAUGGAUAUUAGAUUUGUCUAAGUCUCUUCUAGAAAAAAAUAAAUUCCAGGUUAUUAUUUAUAUAUAUGUCCUUUCCAGACUACUCCAUGGUUGCAGUGCAAGGAGGGGAACAUGUAGCAAUUUGCUCAGGUCUUGAGAUUGCUGUUGCAUUCUCUGAGACUGAACGUGGAAUCUGGGUUUCUUUUCUUAGAAGAAUUUUGAAA